ACCAAUUCAUCCGCAAAGCGCUAAAGACACCGCGUGGUAUGGCUGUGAACUUAGGAUGAUGAGAAUAUGAGCACGGAGACCAGUUGACUACUGUGGAGUCCAGGGCUCCAGGCGCCCUAAAUCUACACCGGCGAGGCAAAUCUUUCCGGCGAGAUCGCAUCUGCUCGACUGACUCUGCAAAUCAGCCUCCAUGGGUCCUGACAGUCUCUUGUUCAUCUUGCUCGCAACUGCGGCACCGCUGCUCUCUGCGGCACAGCCUUUCGAUUACCCCACGGCCAACCUCUCAACGCUGUGGACCAACAACAACGUUUCCCUCCCACACACCGUCAGCUACCCGGACGGUUCAGCAGUGCGCGCCAUCGUCCUCCGUUCACCGCAAACCUUGUUUGGCCCCUCCUUCGCCGCGGGGUUCUUCUGUGCCGCCCCCUGCAACGCGUUCCUCUUUGCUGUCUUCGUUGUCUACACCAACAGCGGUGCCAAGAUCACCAAUCCGACUAACGGAAUUCCGCAGGUGGUCUGGUCUGCCAACCGUGCACGCCCAGUCAAGGAGAACGCCACCCUUGAGUUUUCCUCGAAUGGGAACUUGGUCCUGCGUGAUGCUGAUGGCAGUCUUGUCUGGUCAAGCAGGACCACAGGGUGGUCCGUAACUGGCAUGGCCAUCACCGAGAUGGGCAAUCUGGUGCUGUCUGAUCCGAAGAACGCGACAGUGUGGCAGUCGUUUGAACAUCCUACUGAUGUGUUGGUCGCUGGCCAGUCAAUCCUGGAAGGUAUGUCGCUUGUACCGAAUACCUCUGCAACAAAUUGGACUGAGAAUCAGUUGUACAUGAUGCCAGUUCUCCAUGAAGGAUUGUUUGCUUACGUCAGAGCCACGCCGCCACAACCCUAUUUUUCAUUAUUGGUGACCAAAAACAGGACAGGAAAUGAUCCAACAAAGGUUACCUUCACCAAUAAUAGCCUCAGCGCCUAUGCGCAGUCCAAGCAACCAAAUUCGGACAUGUUUCUCCCAUUACAACCAGCUACAUCAAUCCGGUACAUGAGAUUGGAGUCAGAUGGGCACCUGAGGAUGUAUGAAUGGUCUGAUGCAGAAGUAAAAUGGGUUGUAUCUGAUGUAAUCAAAAUGUUCCCGGAUAAUUGUGCCUUUCCAACAGUCUGCGGAGAGUACGGUCUAUGCACAGGGGGGCAAUGUGCAUGUCCCCUACAGAAUAACUCUAGCUCAAGCUACUUCAAGCCAGUCGAUGCGCGGAAGCCAAAUCUCGGUUGCGCACCACUGACCCCAAUCUCUUGUCAGGAAAUGCAGCACCAUCAGUUGUUGACCCUUACCAACGUUUCUUACUUUGACACCAGCCACACCGUUGUGAAUGCAAAAAAUGGACAGGACUGUAAGCAAGCUUGCUUGAAGAAUUGCUCCUGCAGUGCUGUUAUAUUCCAGUAUGGACAAAAUGAUUCCGACGGCACAUGCCUGUGGGUGACAAAGGUCUUCUCCUUGCAACCAGUACAACCUGAAGUUGUUCACUUCAACUCUUCUGCUUACGUCAAGGUGCAGCUUAGCCCCCCCACUUCUGACUCUAAUGCAAACAGAACAAAAACAAAUAAAAAGAACGUGAUGUUAGGUGCUACACUUGGAGCUAUUACUGGUAUUGUUUUCCUUGUCAUUGCUAUUACCCUUUAUCUUUAUGUACGAAGGAAGAGGAAGUAUCAGGAGUUAGAUGAAGAACUAGAUUUUGAUCAACUGCCUGGAAUGACAAUGAGGUAUUCGUUUGAAAAGUUGAGAGAAUGCACUGAAGAUUUCAGCAAAAAGCUCGGAGAAGGUGGAUUUGGAACUGUUUUUGAAGGGAAAAUAGGUGAAGAGAGAGUUGCAGUGAAACGUCUCGAAGGUGCUAGGCAAGGAAAGAAAGAAUUCUUCGCAGAGGUCGAGACUAUUGGAAGCAUUGAACACAUCAACCUUGUCAGGCUGAUAGGCUUUUGUGCUGAGAAAUCUGAAAGGCUUCUUGUAUACGAAUAUAUGCCGAGAGGAUCACUUGAUAGGUGGAUCUACUACCGCCAUAACAAUGCCCCUCUUGAUUGGUGCACCCGGUAUAGGAUCAUUCUAGAUAUUGCCAAGGGUUUGUGCUAUCUUCACGAGGAGUGCAGGAGGAUAAUUGCUCAUUUGGACAUUAAACCACAAAAUAUUCUCUUAGAUGAUAACUUCAACGCGAAAGUGGCUGAUUUCGGAUUAUCUAAGCUAAUAGAUAGGGAUCAAAGCAAGGUAAUGACAAUGAUGAGAGGCACGCCUGGGUAUUUGGCACCUGAAUGGUUAACAUCCCAAAUCACUGAAAAAGUUGAUGUCUACAGCUUUGGAGUUGUUGUCAUGGAAGUCGUAUGUGGAAGAAAAAAUAUCGACAUAUCUCUGCCCGAGGAGAGUGUUCAGCUCAUCAAGUUGUUACGCGAAAAGGCUCAAAAUGAUCAGUUGAUUGAGUUGAUUGACAAACAUAGUGAUGACAUGGCCUUACACGAGGAUGAAGCAGUUCAAAUGAUGAAGCUUGCAAUCUGGUGCUUGCAAAAUGAGAGUAGUAGAAGGCCUUCAAUGUCAUCGGUGGUCAAGGUACUGGAAGGUUCAAUGAGCAUAGACUCUAGCAUUGACUGCAGCUUUUUGGAGGAAAAUCUAGCAAUGUCUGUCCAAGACAAGCAAUUCACGUAUUCAGUUCCACCUCAAGCAUCGAUCUUAUCUGGCCCGAGGUGAAACAGGUGGUGGCUAAUGAGCAGAACAGAUCCAACUUAUAAACUUUUGGUUUUGUAACUACCUUUGUAUCCUAUCUCAUUCCUACUCUGGGUGUUUUUAGAUGGCACCUAGAUAACAAUUUCUAGGCAAUAUA